AUGGGGAGUUGGGUUCCAGUGCACAAGAAGUCGCCAAAGCAGAAUUUCAUCGAUUUCUUCGGCCAUCUUGGCCCAGAGCGUGAACUGAUUGAGAGAGAUGCGUACAGAAAACUCCUAGGGCACAUGUUCAUGAGCAAGCUGGCAAGAGAUCUACCCCCUAACUAUGUUCUUAUCCAUGCUGUCUGCCCAGGACCUGUCCGAGAUACUGGCAUAUGGAAGUCGAUGAAGUCGCGGCGCUUGCUUUUUAUCUUUGGGACUCUGCCAAAAGGUGCUUUGACCUACAUUGACGCUGUGGCUGUAAAGGUGAUGAAAUCUUACGGCAAGAUCUUGAGGAAUUAUAGUGUAUUGAAGAAGAGAUGUUCCACGUACGAAUAUCAUGACCAGGCUCAGCAGGAGAGGCUCUGA